GUCUCCGACUGGCGUGCGUUACUGGUGAGCUUAUCAAGUGCGUAGUAGCGUAAUGGAAAAGGAAGCCAAUGGUCCGUUGGUAGGGACAAUUAAUCGCCAGACCAUGUUGGACGAGAGACGGUGAAUGUGACUCCCCAGCUCAUAGGUUCGCGAUAUAAAAUCCAUUGUAAUCAAAUCCAACCAAUUCAUACUCAUCGUGUCAAUCAGUCAACGAGGACCGUGGAUAGUGUAGUUCCCUUCUUGGUAGUUAUUGUUUUUUCCUCAAGUGUGCGAGUGUCCACCCCAAGAAAUGCGUUCGUUUGUCAUAUUUGCGGUGGUGUCGCUAGCACUGAGCGGCACCCAGUGCCAGCCACGAUCAGCAGCCGAACUUGCCACGGACAUUUACCGUACCUGUCUUGCUAGUGAACAUGGGCUCAAGUGUGCUAAAGCGAAGGCACUCGCCUGGAUGGCGAAUGUGGCCGAACAGGACGAAAUCCCCAUUACCGACUCGCUCACGAUCGUACGCACCGGUACGGAGGAUCCCGAAAAGCCUGCCGAUACUGAACAACAACGUAGUGCUGGUGUGGUGCGACUGCUGAACAACAUCGAUAGCUUCCUUUCGACACACGCCCUCAAGAUGACGCCACCCGACGUACUAGCGUCUGAGGAGGCUCGUGCAUACAUUCCCGAAACGUUACUCCAGGGAGGACUCGCCGACAAUUUGAUAGUUCCGCUCACGGAAGGCAACGUCGCAGAAGGACGUGGUUUUGUGAAGAAAGUCAUGAUUCCUUUCCUGCUGGGCAUCAAGUUCAAGUCAACCGUACUAGUUCCGAUGGCACUCGCUCUCAUCGCACUGAAGACCUGGAAGGCCAUGACUCUUGGAUUACUCUCGCUUGUCCUAUCCGGUGCCAUGAUGAUCUUCAAAUUCGCCAAACCAAAGAUCGUCAAUUACGAGGUCGUUCACUACCCACCACCCCACCAUGUGCAUCACGUCGAUCAUCAUAUCGAUCAUCAUGCACCGCAUGUGCACUGGGACGCUCCACCAGCCUGGAAGAAACGAUCUAUGGAUGCUCACGAGCAGGCGUACGCCGGUCAGCUAUAACUAGCAAAACCGUUAAGAUAUUUAUUUCCCGAACGAUGAUGAACGAAUAAAUUAUUUAUUUUACUCAAAACUAUACGCAUUACAUACAUGUCG